GGAAGACAAAGCAGGGUGGGGCUACCCGCCUGGCCGGGAGAGUGAAUGCAGUAGCAGCAGGAGCCCUGCAGCUCCAGGAGGCCCCUCUCCCACAGCCAGUCUGGCUGUCCUCUCCACGGACACUAACGGACUGACUGACGACCGGCAGAGCAGCAGCUGUCACCAGCAGUCACCCUGCCCCUGCUGCCACGGACAGCCUGGCCACCAUGGCCCUGUGCGGGGCCGUCUGCACCCUCCUCCUGGCUUCCUUAGGCUAUGCCACUGGCCAGCUGCUGGGCAGGGACUCUGUGUGCACAGCAUGGCCACCAGCCAGGUACAGCCUUACCUUCACGGGCAAGUGGAGCCAGACGGCCUUCCCUAAGCAGUACCCUCUGUUCCGGCCGCCUGCGCAGUGGUCUUCAUUGCUGGGGGCAGCACACAGUUCUGACUACACCAUGUGGAGGAGGAACGAGUAUGCCAGCAAUGGGCUGCGGGAGUUCGUGGAGCGGGGCGAGGCCUGGGCCCUGAUGAAGGAAGUCGAGGCUGCCGGGGAGAAGCUGCAGAGUGUGCACGCAGUGUUCUCAGCCCCCGCCGUCCCCAGCGGCACAGGGCAGACGGCCUUGGAGCUGGAGGUGCAUCCCAGGCACACGCUGGUGUCCUUCGUGGUACGCAUUGUCCCCAGCCCCGAUUGGUUCGUGGGUGUGGACAGCCUGGACCUGUGCGAGGGAAGCCGCUGGAAGGAGCAGGUGGCUCUCGACCUCUACCCACAUGAUGCUGGGACAGAUAGUGGCUUUACCUUCUCCUCGCCUAAUUUUGCAACCAUCCCGCAGGACACCGUGACUGAGAUCACAUCCUCCUCGCCCAGUCACCCAGCAAACUCUUUCUACUACCCGAGGCUGAAGUCCCUGCCACCCAUGGCCAGAGUAACCCUGGUGCGGCUCCAGCAAAGCACCAGGGCCUUUGUCCCACCUGCCCCAGACCUGGCCAGCAGAAGCAAUGAGAUCACUGACAGCCUCUCAGUUCCAGAAACACCACUGGACUGUGAGGUGUCGCUGUGGUCAUCCUGGGGUCUGUGCAGAGGUCCGUGUGGGAAGCUGGGAACCAAGGUCAGAACUCGCUACAUCCGUAUGCAGCCCGCCAACAAUGGCACACCCUGCCCCGCACUUGAGGAGGAGACUGAGUGUGUCCCCGAUAACUGCGUCUGACCUGGAUCUGGGUCACCCAGGGUUCCCAGGUGGACAGGCCAAAGGCCCACAGGAGGCCUUGCACAGACCACCAUUGGUGGCAGCCUGGGGAUGGCUGUGACAGGCCCCUUCUGCAGGCAAAGGAAUCCGGAGGCCAUGAGCCUGCUCUUCAUAUGUCCCUGUAAUUUAUUGCCAUUCAUGAGGCUGCCUGGGAUGCUAACAAGAGGACACUCCAAAGAGCCCUGCACCUACAAGGCUGUUAAAUACCUCACACCUGGCACUAGCCCACUACCAUAUCCACUCUCAGACCAAGGUAGCCCCCACACUGCUGGCACUGAAGCCAAGGGGCCACACAGGAAACACACAGAGAGGGAUGGUUUGGAAAUGUGGUAUCUUCAUCUGUUGAUCUUUGCAUCUGAAUAAAAGCCAUCUGUCCCUGAGAAAUGCUGGGGACUGUUCUCACACUUCCCUAAACACCACACACCAAAGACCCUGGGUGUACCAGUGGGGACACUUCGAGGUGCCCAGGACAGUCCUUGGCUGCAAGGUGGGGCAGGGACCUGGCAGGAAAGGGGGAGCAGGCUUGUGAGGGACCCUGCUAAGGCUUUAGAAAUUGGCAUCCAGCAGCAGCACCUGUCCAGGCACACACGGACAGGGAAUGACUGCAGAUCUGGAGCAGCACUGGGGUUACCAUGGCUGCAGCCCAUGCUGUCCCCUCCUGCAGGGGAUGGCCAAUGCAGUCCUAGUCAGGGGUCUCCCAGGAUCUAAGUUCAGGGGCCUUGCCUACAGGGGCCUUGGUAUUGGUCAGCUUCCUGUCACUAAGACAAAGCAUGCAAUAAGCAACUUGGAAAGAGGACAGCUUUAGUUCAGCUCACCUUUUGAAGAUUUCAGGGCACAUCCAGGGAUUGAGUGCUUCCAGACUGUGAUGAAACAGCACAGAGAGAUAGCAGCUCAUGGCAGAAUAAGAGGAAGAGGAAAGGUCCUGGGUCUCACUAUCACCUUCAGAUCAUGUCCCCAGUGACAAAGACCUCCCCAAGGCCCAUCCCCAGUCACCAGAACCUCCAGUAGCCCACAGCCGAUCACCAGAACCUCCUGAGGCAGGUCCCCAGUCACUGGGACUUCUUAAGGGCCCAUUCCCAGUACCAGGACCUCCCACUAGGUCUCGUAUCAUAAACGUUCCACAGGCUCCAAAGAGUGCCACUCCUGGGACCACAAUUUCAACAUGUGCCCCUGGAGACCUUCCAAAUCCAAACUUCGCACUCCAGGGGUCUUUCUGACCUUCCCAGGCCACUCAGGAGUCAAGGGCGUGCGUGCUCUUCCCCAGCAUUGCUCCUUCCAGCAAUGCAGUCUCUGACUGGGCCUGCACUGGUCACUGUCAGGGAGACACGAGGAACAGCCCUGUCCCUUAGCCCCUGCCAAAGCCUGGACCAGGGUUGUGUUCUUCUUGCUCCUAGAAGUCUGUGGUACACUAUUCUGCCAGCUAGCUAGGACCCUCCACGCUGAUGCCUCCAAAAUCAGGCCUUGGGCUACCACUCAUCAGCCAGUCUCCUCCUGGCCGAUGGAAGAUUCCAGGCCGUAAGAUCUGAGUUUACACGGUAUUGUGGCUGUAUCUCAAUGUCCCCCCAAAGCCUUAUAUGGUUAUAGGUGGGUUUUUUUCAGAAGUGGCUGAAUUUAGUGUGUGUGAUUAAUGCAUGGUGCGGCACUAGGAUUAAAUGCUAGCGUUAAGGGUGGAUGACUAUUUAAAUAACCCACUGAUUGGUUUGGCACUACCCUAAUCUUGAUAGCCCAGAUAUGAUAUUUGGGACAGAAACAGGCUUAUCUUGUCUCUGGCUUGCUUUGCUACCUUCUGCUAGCCAUGACCUGUUGCUCCUCUGCCAUGCUGCCCUGCCAUGGAAACAGCUAACUAUGAACUGAAACCUCUACAAACUGAGCUGAAUAAACCUUUUCUCCUUUAA